AUGAACUCAUCACAAACUGAUCCCAUAGCCAUUGUUGGCAUGGCCUGCCGCUUCCCUGGAGGCAGCAAUACCCCGUCGAAGCUGUGGAACUUGUUAAAGACGCCUUACGAUGUUCUCCAAGAGUUUCCCCCUUCACGAUUGAACCUCAAUCGGUUUUAUCAUGCACAGGGGACAAACCAUGGAUCCACAAAUGUCACCAAUCGAAGUUACCUCCUCGAUGAAGACGUCAAAGCCUUCGAUGCCAAAUUCUUCAGCAUAUCCUCUCCAGAAGCAGAGAGCAUGGAUCCACAGCAACGAAUACUGCUAGAAACUGUGUACGAGGCUAUGGAGUCCGCAGGCUGGACAUUGGAAGAUGUUCAUGGCUCACAAACUUCCGUUCAUGUUGGUGCCAUGAACGCUGAUUAUACCGACAUACAAAAUCGAGACACGGAGACCAUGUCGAAAUAUAACGCAACUGGAACGGUGCGAAGCAUCUUAUCAAAUCGUGUCUCGUACGUCUUCGACCUCCACGGCCCCUCGGUCACAAUCGAUACUGCUUGCUCCAGCUCGUUGGUCGCUCUCCACCAGGCAAUGCACUCCUUGCGCUCGGGCGACUGCGAUAGCGCCAUCGUUGGCGGCGUGAACCUGAUACUCGAUCCAGCGAUGUUCAUCGCUGAAUCGAAGCUUUCGAUGCUUUCUGCCGAGUCCCGCUCCCGAAUGUGGGACCAGGCCGCCAAUGGAUAUGCUCGUGGUGAGGGCAUAGCUGCCUUGAUCCUCAAGCCGCUCAGUCAAGCGCUACAGCAUGGAGAUCCGAUCCAAGCAAUCGUACGAGCAACUGGUGUCAACUCCGACGGCCGCAGUUCCGGUAUCACCAUGCCUACUGCGGCGGCACAGACGGCCCUCAUCCGCCAAACCUACAAACAAGCUGGUCUUGAUCCACUCAUCGAUCGCCCUCAAUUCUUCGAAUGCCAUGGGACGGGCACGCAGGCGGGCGACCCUAUUGAAGCACGAGCUAUCCGUGACGCCUUUUUCCCCACUGAGACCUCUGAUGAGGUCGCUCCCCUCUUUGUGGGCUCAGUCAAAACUGUCAUCGGCCAUACCGAGGGCUGUGCGGGUUUGGCUGGAGUCUUGAAGGCAGUCCUCGCAAUAAGGAAUCAGACAAUCCCGCCGAAUCUGCUGUUCAAUCAACUCAGUGACUCGGUCAGGCCCUUUUACGGCCGCCUGCAGAUACCCACCACAUCAUUGCCGUGGCCUGAUACCAUUUCUGGAAGUCCGAAACGUGCAAGUGUCAACAGCUUCGGUUUCGGCGGUACCAAUGCACAUGCUCUGAUCGAGGAGUAUAAACCUCAGGUCGCGCAGAGCGGUUACCAUGCAGACCAAGCUCUUGGUCCGCUCGUGAUCUCGGCCCAUUCGGGCCCCGCUCUACUGAAUAAGGCACGCGAUUUGCUAUCUUACAUGAUCUCCAAUCCUUCGGCGAAUCUGCCAGAUAUCUGCUGGACGCUGCAGACCAGACGUACGACGCACAAAGUCCGGUGCUAUUUCAGCAAUCGCAGUUAUCAAUCUCUGUUAGACAGCUUGGCUGCAUUCGUUCAGACAAAUCAAAAUCUCCAGCCAGAGCAAAUUGGGUUCCAGCCGCAACUGAUUGAUCGUAAUGAGUCACCUGGUGUCCUCGGCGUGUUCACUGGUCAAGGAGCCCAAUGGCCAACUAUGGGCAUGGAACUCUUCUCUCGCGUGGCACUUUUCCGUCAAUCCAUAGAGCAGUGCGAAGCCGUUCUCAACGCGCUUCCGGAUCGCCCCGCCUGGUCUCUAUGUGAAGAACUCAAAGCAGGCAACGCUUCUUCCCGCCUUUCAGAGGCGGCUGUAAGCCAGCCCCUAUGUACUGCGGUACAGAUUGCUUUGGUGGAUGUGCUGAAAGCAGCCGGCUUGAAAUUCCACGCCGUCGUCGGCCAUUCAUCUGGAGAGAUAGCUGCCGUCUAUGCUGCUGGCAUGUUGAGCCUCACCGGCGCUAUGCAGAUUGCUUACUAUCGAGGUCUCCAUGCGCAUUUGGCCAAAGGCGAUGACGGCCAGCCCGGAGGAAUGCUUGCUACCGGCCUCUCUUACGACGAAGCCUUGCAGUUCUGCAAUCACCCUGAUUUUCGAGGAAGAAUUUGUGUCGCUGCAAGCAACUCGCCCACUAGUGUCACUAUCUCGGGUGACUUGGACGCAAUCUCAAUUGCGAAGAAGGAACUCGAAGCUCGGGACGUGUUUGCUCGCCCGUUACGUGUUGACACUGCCUAUCACUCGCAUCACAUGAAGAAAUGCAGUGACACUUAUCUUCAGUCGUUGCUUGCUUGCGACAUCGCCGUCGGUGCUCCGAUUGAGGAUUGUGUUUGGAGCUCAAGUGUACGUGGUGAUACCGAGAUCCUGGAAGGCGAUCUGUCCCCGUUGAAGGGAGACUACUGGGUCAAGAACAUGGAGCAAACGGUUCUGUUUUCUCAGGCGCUUGAAUCGGCUAUCACCAAUGGAGGACCGUUCGAUAUGGCUGUUGAGGUUGGCCCUCAUCCUGCGCUCAAGAGUCCUAGCGAGGAUACCUUGAAGGCAGUCUUCGGUUCUGCUCCCCACUACACUGGUGUUUUGAAACGUGGGGAAGAUGAUUUGGUUGCAAUCUCAUCUGCUCUUGGUCUCUAUUGGUCUACAAUGGGGUCGAAAUCAGUAGAUUUUGCCGGCUUUCGUCGUGCAUGCCUUGGCGGCUCGGAAAUCGGACAGCCUGAAGUCAUAACGGACCUCCCUUGUUAUCCUUGGGAUCAUACUCAGACAUUCUGGAGAGAAUCUCGUCUAUCACAGAGAUAUCGACUUGGCCAGGACAGCCCUUGCGGGCUCCUUGGUCGCCGUAUGCCGGACGAUGAUGCCCACGAGCUGCGAUGGAGAAACAUUUUGACUCUUGACGAAAAUACAUGGCUCGCUGGUCACGAGAUCCUUGGCGAAGUGCUCAUGCCUGGUGCAGGCUACGUUUCAAUCGCACUUGAAGCCGGUAGGCAGCUUGCAGCAGGGCGCCCGAUCUCUCUGCUCGAGGCACGAGAUGUCGAGGUCCGCCACCCAGUCGCUGUGCCUAAGCAUCCCGACUCGGUCGAAACUAUGUACAUCGCUCGUGUGCAACCUUCGCAGGACCGUAACAUCAUCGAGGCCGAAUUCGAUUUCUGCUAUUGGCCCAGCUCUGGCACAGCAGCAGUGCGGGCUUGCAGUGGCCGUAUUGUGGUUUACCUUGGCGAUGGCAAGGAGGAAUCUUUGCCACCUCGACGUGCCUCGCCAACAAAUCUCUUGAAUGUAUCGGUAGCCGAUGCUUAUGACGUAUUCAAGUCGAUCGGCCUCAAUUAUCAGGGCAUUUUCAGAGGCAUGAGUAGUAUCGAUCGCGGGUCUAAUCAUGCCGUUACCCAGGCCGUCUGGGAUACGUCCAACCUCGAUCAAGUGUACCUCGUCCAUCCUGCCAUUUUGGACGUCGUGUUCCAAUCGAUAUUCCUGGCCAAGUCGUAUCCGGCCAAAUCGCUGAUGCAUUCAGCUUUCCUACCGGUCAGAAUCGCGCGGGUCACUGUUAAUCCAUGUGUACCUGUCACGAACACGACUGGAUCGAUAGAGAUCGGCACGGAGUCGUUUGUCACACACAGCGAUUAUCGCUCCCUUGAGGGAGAUAUGCACGUGUACAAUCGCGCAAACAAACCAUUCUUGGAGGUAGAAGGCCUCUCUCUGAAGAUUGCCAGCGAACUCCAGGAGUCCGAAGAUGUCCAAAUCUUCUGUCAAACGACCUGGGGACCGGACAUAUCGCUGGAUCUGUCAGAGCCGGAAAGAAACGACGAUCACGACAGUGAACAGAGUGCAAUUGCCACCACAAUUGACCGCAUAUGCUUCUUCUACCUGAGGAACUGUCUAGACCAACUCAAUGCUGUAACUCGCGAACACUGUCAAUUGCAUCAUCAACGCAUGAUCAAAUCUUUCGAGCGUAUUCUAGACCUUGUACGACGGGGACAGCAUGCUUUGAUUGACAAGGAAUGGCUCGAAGAUGAUUUUGAGGUCGUCCAGUCGCUACUUCAAAAAUAUCCUGAUCAAAUUGACUUGGAGUUGGUGGUGGCAAUUGGAAAUACCUUGCCUAAGGUCGUGAAAGGUGAGACACAACUCUUGGAGGUCAUGCUUGAGAACAACAUGCUUGGCCGGUACUAUGUCGAAGGGUGUGGCUUCGUCACGAUCAAUCGAGAGAUUGAGCGUUUGUUGCAGAAAAUCACGUUCAAGUUCCCUCGUGCGAAGAUACUCGAAGUCGGAGCGGGUACAGGAGGCACCACACAAGGCAUCUUGGAAGCAAUCGGCAGCGCCUACGACUCGUACACAUUUACCGACAUCUCUACCGGAUUUUUUGAAAAAGCGAAUGAGCGGCUACAAGCGUCUGACAAGCCUAUAAUAUUCAAAGCGCUCGAUAUCGAGAAGCCCGUUGUCGAACAGGGCUUCACAGAAGCUGGAUACGAUGUGAUCAUCGCCGUCAACGUGCUUCACGCCACCCGCGAUCUGAAAAACACUCUUAAUCACGUACGAUCGCUGCUCAAGCCUGGCGGUUACCUCAUUCUUGGUGAGAUCACCAACACCGAUGUUUUACGGCAUCCUUUCAUCAUGGGUGGCCUUCCGGGUUGGUGGCUUGGUGAUGACGAAGGACGACGCUUCCAUCCGUGUGUCUCAGCAUUGGAGUGGGAUCAAUUGCUCCUGGACACUAGAUUUUCAGGCUUGGACUUGACGUUCGACGAUCUGGAAGACAGUGGGAGACAUUGCAAUUCAUUGCUUGUCAGCCGCGCGUUGGAUCACACCUUCGAGCAGAUUCGAGAACCUCUGACUGCUCUCAAACAGCUCGAUGCGGACAGUCGGUUGCUGUUGAUCGGUGGCGCGACUUUGCCAAUCGCCAAAGCCCGGACGGAGAUACAGAAGCUCUUGCCUCCAAGUUGGAGAGCUCGGACACAAGCUGUGAGUUCGAUCGACGCAAUUGAGGGCUGUCACCUGACACCUGGCAUGGGCGUGAUUUGUUUGCAAGAGUUAGACAGCCCGUUGUUCUCCAAGACAAUGGACGAACAUCGCUGGAAGAAUUUGCAACUUGUUAUGGCGAACGCCAGUCGAGUACUUUGGGUUGUAAAGAACCAUCGCUCUGCUAGCCCCGAGUCUGCAAUGUUCAUGGGCAUUGCUCGUACCCUUUCUCAAGAGCUGCCUCAUCUCACGUUGCAAGUAUUGGAUCUGGAAUCAAAAGAGAGCCCCGCCACGACAGCACGAACAGCUCUAGAAUCAUUCGUACGCCUUACUCUGACAUCAAACCCGUCAGCACACCACGAUAACGCAUUCCUAUGGAUCCACGAACCGGAGAUUGUGUCUGUGGAUGGGCAACUCCUGGUCCCUCGCAUCUUGCCCAUAAAGUCUAUGGACGAUCGUUACAAUGCGUCCAGGAGAGAGCUCAAAAGACCCGCAAUGUUGGCUGACCAGGUUGUUGAAAUCAAACCGUCCACAAGCGGCCUGGCUUUGGUUGAGGUGCAAGAACCCGGACUUUAUUCCGAGAAUGACCUUGUCAAAGUGCGAGUCAAGUACUCGAUGCGUAUCAACGAAUCCGCUGCACCCAAUUACUACUUGUCCGCGGGAACUAUCGAGUCCUCUGGGGAGUCCGUCAUGUGCCUGUCCUUGCUGAAUCGUUCACACCUCCAGGUCUCAAGAAGCCAACUUCACUUCGUCGAUGACGAUCAGACAAUUACGACCAAGGCAAUCCUGGUGCUGGUAAAAAAGUUCUUGAUGGCGCUUGCACUGGCAAGCGUCGUCCAAAGUCAUCAGACCGCGAUGGUUCACAAUGCAGACGAUCUUCUGGCCCGAGCAAUUUCACAAACGAUCGAAGGUCGGUUGCAUUUCUCAGCGUCGAAUGCUGUCGUGCGUCAAGACUGGAUCGUCAUCCACCCACGAUCGUCCGCUCGUAUAGCAAGACUUGAUCUACCUGUUGACAUCGCCGUGCUCUUGGACUGUUCCGAGCAGUCUCAAAGCAAUGAAGUUCUGGUCCAGUGCGUUCCAGCUACCUGUCGAAUAUAUGGUCUUGAUAGCUCCUUAAUCAGGAAUGCUAUUGAUCAACUCGGUACGGCUCCAUUGCUCACGAAAGCAAAUGGCCUGGUUCAAGAAUUCAUUCGCCAGAAUGACAUCUCAGAACUGCAAGGCUUGAAUCCCGAUGUACAAGGGAUCGCGAACAUCAGCAAGAGCAAUGUGAAAAGUCUCGGGCUGGUGGACUGGGAGGCAACAGCUCCUGUUGCACUCACCGUGCAACCUAUAGAGCCACGCCACCUGCUCAGGCCCGAUCGGACCUACCUCAUGAUUGGAAUGACGGGCGCUAUGGGGCUAUCUCUCUGCCAGUGGGCAGUGCAGAACGGAGCUAGAUCAAUUGUUCUCACAAGCAGAAAUCCUAGCGUGGACGAAGAUUGGCUCAUCGAGGCGCGCUCACUUGGGGCAGACGUACAGGUGUGGCCGAUGAACAUCGCCAGUAGAGCCGCAGUUGGGUCUGUCAUCUCCCGAAUCAACAGCACGAUGCCUCAGCUUGCAGGGGUUUGUAACGGCGCCAUGGUUCUCAAUGACAAACUUUUCCUGGACAUGGAUGCGCAAGGAAUGAAUGCGGUCCUCGAGCCCAAAUUUCGCGGGUCUCAAAUCCUUGAUGAGGUGUUAGGAGACCAGGACUUGGACUUCUUCAUUCUCUUGUCGUCCUGUGCGAUGCUCAUCGGAAAUCCCGGCCAAGCUAAUUACCACGCCGCCAAUUUGUACAUGGCCAGCCUUGCUGCCAAUAGACGGACCCGCGGGUUAGCUGCCUCCAUCGUCCAUCUUGGUUAUAUCGCCGAUGUGGGGUAUAUCACUCGACAAGAUCAGAGCAUGCGAGAGCGACUCGAGAAACUUCUAUUCCGCCCGCUCUGUGAGUCUGACAUUCACAAUGCAUUUGCGGAAGCAAUCAGAGCUAGCAGGCCGAACGGUCGUGAUGACCCUUUCGAUUUCGCAAUGGGUAUGGGCCCUUCUAGGGAAUAUGUCCCUCCGAACAAGCAACCGUACUAUUUUGCAAACCCGCGGUUCGCCCACUUCAACCCUCCUGCAGUGGAGGUCCAAGACGGAGUCGGGCAGAAGACAACGGUGAAGAAUGUCAUACAUCUGGUUCAAGAGGCGAUAUCCAAGGAAGAAGCAUCCUUGGCGGUCCAGGUGGCGUUUUCCAACAAACUGGAGUCGAUCAUGCAGCUUCCGCCUGGAACCGUUGAUGCCAAGUCGUCAUUGAUGGACGCAGGCAUUGAUUCACUCGUUGCAGUUGAGAUACGCAACUGGUUCAAGAUCGAACUCGGGGUCCAAAUCCCCGUCGUCAAAAUCUUGGGUGGUAUCAGCAUUGAAGAGCUUUGCGUUGAGGCCGCGAACAAAAUGCUGGCAAUCAUUCUUGCCAAUAAGCAGUCGACUCCGACAAAUGAUGAGGGACAGACCUCAGAGUCGGCGGUGGUCGUAGAUGAGCACGACGAUUCCAUUUCAACUGACUCUAAGAGCGGUGUCGAUGACACUGAACAGGAUGGCUCAAUUGGAAGUAGCCGCGAUAACCUAGAUGUUCUCACGCCUGCCACUGGCAGCGACAUUGACAAUCUGAGCGUGGCAGAUGAAGAUCUAGCUUCACUAGGAGUUGCCAAAGACGCGGGGGACAUGCCACCCCCUGAGAUCACUCGCGAAGGUCCCAUCUCGUCAGCUCAGUCGAGAGUGUGGUUCCUUUCUGCCAACUCCGGCCACCCAACGAAUUGCAACCUUACCUUCGUGUACAAUGUCACUGGUCAUCUGCAAAUCCAUCGCCUUCGACAUGCGCUGAAUGUGGUGAUGACGGCCCAUGAUACAUUGCACAGCUGUUUCUACAUGCGGCCAGGUGACAAUCAACUUGUACAAGGAGUCAUGUCUGAACCUAGACAUCUCUUUGUACAAUUGGAGAAAGGGAACGCAACUGAUGCCCUCCGAGAAUUUAACAAGCUCAAGGCAAAGAAAUGGAAUUUGGAGAAGGGCCAGAUGUUGGGGAUGACUGUGAUUCCGCGUGGUCAGCAGGAACACACCAUCAUUUUGGGAUAUCACCACAUCAUCAUGGACGCUUUCAGUCUCUCCAUUUUCUUCCGGGAUCUACACACAGCAUAUCGGACUGGUACAUUACAACGGAGGUCUAUCGACUACAUGGACUUGGUGGCCCAAGAACGAUUGCUUUCGGAGGACAAAUCUGAGGACCUCGACACUACAGCAAAACUUCAGUUCUGGAAGAACGAAUUCACCGAACCAGUUGAUAUCCUCCCACUCAUGCCAAUGGCUCGACUUGCCAAACGUCCAGCAAGUCUAGGUCCUUUUACAUCCUACAAAUCCACGCGCGUAGAACAGACUCAAUGGUCUGCCAUUGUUAAGACCUGCCGUGAAUUAGGCCUGACUCCAUUUCACUUCACGCUUGCGACGUUUCAGGUUCUACUCGCGCGAUACGCGAAUAUCGAAGACAUUUGCAUCGGUGUCGCAGAUGCCAACCGUCUCAACGAGCGCUACACUGAUAUAAUCGGAUUUUUCAUGAACAUAUUGCCGAUCCGGUCCAAGCUCUCGAAGAGUACCAAAUUCGCAGAUCUCGCCCGUACUGCUUCCAAAAAAGUGCUGACAGGACUCGUCAAUUCAGGAGUAUCGCUCGACACGAUUCUAGAGCUCUCGAAUGCACCCAGGUCCCCGAGCUACACGCCGCUCUUCCAAGCUGCCAUCAAUUACCGGAUGGGUGCAAUCAGCGACAUAUCGCUAGGCGACUGUGAGCUGACCAUGGUCGACGGCCAGGACGCCGAAAAUCCGUUCGACAUUAGUCUGGGUGUGUUGGAAUCCAAAAAUGGAUCCGCUCUAAUCGAGGUCAUUUGCAAUAGUGAUCUGUAUGACUCAGACGGCUGUGGAAUCCUCUUGGAUUCUUUCUUGCGCCUACUUCACGGCUUUGCAGCUCAUCCUGAAAUGCUUGCCAACGAUGGUCAACUCCAUGACCCAGCAGCAUGGCAGAAAGCGCUGAUAUUAGGCAGAGGUCCCCGCAUUGAUUACAGUGCUACAUGGCCUGCUACUUUGUCUGAGCGAUUCGUCACCAUUGCGAGGUCCCACGGAGAAAGCCUGGCCAUCACUUGUGGAGGAAAUGAUAUAACUUACAGUGAGCUACAGACACAGGUUCUCUCCAUUGCUCAAACCCUCCUUGAAGCCGGUUGUGGUGAUGGCUCAUGUGUAGGCGUGCUAUGUGAGCCUUCGCCCGACUUCAUCGCAGCUAUGUUGGCCAUUCUGCAUAUUGGAGGGAUCUACUGCCCACUGGAUGUGAGCCUUCCUCACGAGCGGCACCGAGCUAUACUUCAGUCGUCUCGCUUCAUUGCUCUCAUCCACCACUCUGCCACUUCUGAUCGUGCUCUGGCUUUGAUCUCAUCAAUGGCCAGCGAGGAUCACCGAAUGAAUGUCAUUGCAUUGGAUGGCGAGGCUCAACGACAAGCAUCUGAUGUUCCCAUCCAAACCCCGACAGACUCCGCUUCUGUACUACUUUUCACGAGUGGCUCGACUGGAAAGCCGAAGGGCAUUUUCUUGACCCAGAGCAACUUCAUCAAUCAUAUCUCUCUCAAGACCCAAGUACUCGGGCUGCAGAGCGAGACCAUCCUGCAACAGAGCUCUAUGGGAUUUGAUAUGUCCAUCAUCCAGAUCCUUUGUGCUCUGUUGAAUGGUGGUCGAGUGCUCAUUGUGCCGUCUGAAUCCCGAAGAGACCCGGUCGAAAUUGCUCGUUUGGUGUCGCAGGGAGCUGUCACCCUGACCAUUGCGACUCCAUCGGAAUAUAAGAUGUGGCUUCGGUAUGGUAGUGACGAGCAUCUCAGAAACAAGGCCACGGCUUGGCGUCACGCCUGCCUUGGUGGCGAGCCCGUCACUGAACAGCUUUGUCGCGACUUUGCGCUGCUCGACCUCCCGCACCUUGGACUAACAAAUUGUUAUGGUCCGACCGAGAUCACAGCUGCAGCCACCUUCCAAUCGAUACAUAUCAGCAUGACCGGUGAGAAAGAUCAUCGGUCAAUGACGAAUGUUGGUAAGGCGUUGCCAAACUACUCAGUUCAUAUCGUUGACAGUAAGGGUCAUUUCCUGCCCAUCGGUAUGCAAGGCGAGAUCUGCAUUGGCGGCGCUGGUGUCGCUCUGGGAUAUUGCGGUCUCCCAGAGCAGACGGCAGCGAAAUUUAUCGUGGAUCCGACGACAUCUACAGAGUGGCCCUUCAAGCGCUUGUACCGCACAGGAGACCAAGGACGUCUGCUCAAAGACGGAUCUUUGCUCUUCAUGGGCCGCCUGGACGGCAACACUCAGAUCAAGUUAAAUGGCGUCCGCAUUGAGUUGGAGGAGGUCGAAGGCGCAAUCUUAGCUGGCUCUGACGGCAAACUGUCGACAGUAGUUGCAGUGGCGCACAAAGACCGUCUGCUUGCGUACGCGACAUUAACAGCUGGAAUAUCUUUGACAGAGACAGAAACAAAGCAGCUACUGAUCUACGCAUCUCUUCCCUUACCGACCACCAUGCAACCCUCCAAGCUGAUCAUCAUGGACACACUGCCGCUUACGUCCGCUGGGAAGAUCGAUCGGGAGGCAAUUCAGCACCUCGCCACGUCGGGUCAACCGAACGGACCUAUUUCCAGCAAUGGAACAAUAAACAAACUGACAUUGCGUCAGGGACACCUCCGGCUACUCUGGGAGAAGGUUCUCGGUGGCCCAGAUCGAUCAAUCGGUCCCGAAAGCGAUUUCUUCCAUGUUGGGGGAAACUCAAUGGCCCUCAUGCGCUUGCAAGGAGCCAUAAGAGAGUCGAUGGACGUUGCAGUCUCUACCAGAGAUCUCUACCAGGCAAGCACGCUUGCUGAGAUGACUGCUCGAAUCCAGGUCCAGCAGGAGCAAGGCCAAGUCGACCAGCCACAGGAUGAGAUUUCAUGGGACACCGAGACAGAAAUUCCAGCUCUUGUUCGGGACGCUCUAAGGCAAGUUUCGACCCAUCGUAACGAUGUUAAAAGUCCCAAGAAACAUGGGAUUGAGAUUCUCCUCACGGGCGCCACAUCAUUCCUUGGUGGAGCCAUUCUAAGAGCUCUGGCUGAGCUCACAGGAUCGAGGAUAAGAAAGGUGCACUGCAUUGCUGUGCUCCAUGACGACAAGAGAUUGAUCCCCGCCUCCCAAUCGGUCGCAUACUAUAAUGGAAGCCUGAUGUCACGCCGUCUGGGCCUUACGGUCCCCGAAUAUGAACAUCUCCAAUCGAACGUGGAUUUGAUAAUUCAUGCGGGCUCAAAUGGUCACUGCCUAAACAACUAUCAUUCCCUUCGGACGGCCAAUCUGAACUCCACGCACGAGCUGAUCGCCAUGGCUCUACCACGAUCCACCCCUCUGCUCUACCUCUCCUCCAAUCGCGUCACCCUUCUCUCCGGUAGCACUGCCUACCCUCCGGUAUCUAUUUCGCAUUCUCCACCUCCAAAAGACGGAAGUGAAGGCUACAUGGCAUCCAAAUGGGCCAGUGAAGUGUUCCUAGAGAACGUUAAAGCCGACAAAUCAUGUCCACAACUCCCAAUCCAAAUCAGUCGACCCUGCGUGGUCGUCGGCGCGGAAGCCCCUAACUCAGACGCCCUAAACGCCAUCCUCCGUUACUCGCGCCAGAUGCAGACAGUCCCCGUCUUCGACCGAGUUGAGGGAUACUUUGAUUUCAAAGACGUGCAAGAGGUCGCGCAGGAGGUAGUGAGCGACGCUCUGGCUCUGCUUGACGUGUCGACAGAUUCGUCGGCGAUUCGAUUCCGUCAUCACUCCGGCGGUGUCCGCACUUCUCUGGGAGAGUUUCGCCAGCGAAUGGAACAGAUCUAUGAACUUCCUUUUGAUGAAUGCUCACUCCAGGACUGGAUCGAUCGGGCUUUGCAGGCCGGUAUUGAUCCCCUGAUCACGGCCUACUUAGAGGGAAUGGUGGAACGGGGCGAGGUUUUGCGUUUUCCAUUCAUGGGAGAGGAGGUUUCACAAGGGGAGGUCUCAACUGGGAACGGGAAUGAAGCGUAG